AUGGGCUAUCCAGUAGACCAGUGGUCUUUUAUCUUAGCACAAAUGUUGUUUAAAAGAUUGGACAUAAAUUUAGUAACGCGCUUUGAAACGCAACACGGUUCUACAGAAAUGCCCUCUUUUAACGAGCUUAUGAAUUUUUUGAAAAAACAAUGCGUAGCUUACGAAUCUAUAACUGUUUCUACUCGCACUAAUAAAGUCAAAUCGGUUAAUGACUCUAAUGUUAACAAUUUCCAAAGUCGUCCUAAUAAAACAACCUUUUGUUAUAAUACAGUUACCAACAAACGCCCCUGCUUUUUUUGCAAAACUGAAGAACAUUUAAUAUAUAGAUGUCCGGUCUUUCAAAAUAAGACGCCUAAAGAAAGGUACUAUCUGUGUAAACAGAAUAAACUUUGUGUCAAUUGUUUGAGUAACCAUCCAUUUAAAUAUUGUAAGUCUACUUCUUCUUGCAAAUAUUGCAAUCGUAAGCAUCAUUCUUUGUUGCACGAUAAUAAUUUUAAUACUCAAUCGCCACCAUCUGAUAGAAAACCUCUAGAAACCGCUCAUAUUUCGAGUCCAACCAUCACCAACGAAGAACAGCCAUCUGCGGAAGUUUUAAGUUUGUGUUCAAUUUUACGUUUACCGCAGCCAAAAGUCGCUCAAAAUACUUCAGUAGUUUUAUCAACCGCCAUUGUCAAUGUUAAAGACAAAUUUAAUAAUUUUCACAACAUUCGCGUAUUAAUUGAUAGUGGUAGUCAGUCUAAUUUGUUAACUGCCAAAUGCUGUAAACGCUUGGGAUUGCAUGCAACUAAAGUGUGUUUUUCUUUAAAAGGAGUCGGUUCUAAUGCACUAAAGGUAUUGGGUCGCACCCAAAUAUUAUUUUUCCCACAUUUUACUAAAGAUGUCAGUUUUCACGCCGAAGUGCUAGUUGUUGAAAACAUUACUAAUUCGCUUCCAUCUUGUACUAUUGAUCAUGACGCUAUGCCGUUUUUAACCGAUUUACCUCUCGCUGACGAACAAUUUUAUAUUCCAAGAGAAAUCGACGGUAUCAUCGGAUCAGAAAUAUUUGGCCAAAUUAUUGGUAGCAAUAAGAUUUCCGAGUCGGGAUGUACAGCUCUGGAAACCAGUCUUGGGUAUAUUCUAGUAGGUACAGCUCCGGUGGUACAACCCUUACAAUAUGCGCAAACUUUCUGUGUUUUUGAAAAUACACCUUCAGAAACGAUGAUCAAAAGAUUUUUUGAAUUAGAAGAUAUUAAUUUUGGAAACCCGCUUAGUUCAGAAGAAGAAAAAUGUGAAAACAUUUAUCAUAAACUUACUUACCGUUCAGAAUCCGGACGAUAUGUCGUCUCAUUACCGUUUAAGCAUUAUCCGUGCGAACCUACAUUUGUAAAUUCAAAAAUACCGGCUUUGAGACGAUUUUUUUCUCUAGAAAAACGUCUUAUGAACAAUAUUGAACUUAAAAAGCAAUACUGCAAUUUUAUGCGCGAUUAUUUAAAUAAUAAUUUUAUGGAAUUAGCCGCUACUAAAAAUGAUAACGCAUUCUUUCUUCCACAUCAUUGUGUUUUAAAACCUCAAUCAACUACUACUAAAAUCAGAGUAGUCUUUGACGCCUCAACAAAAGAUUCAAACAACAUUUCGCUUAAUGAUACGCUUUUAAUAGGAUCGAAACUUCAAAAAGAUAUUUCCAAAUAA